UGCCGAUGACGGUGACAGCAUGUCAGCCACACGGCACCUACUUCCGGUGUCAACACAUUUGGGAUCGACAAGGAGGAAACAGUCCAAGUAAUAAGGAAUAGCGGCACAAGAGGGGCUAAUGGGAGAUGGCAGUAACCGUUCAGACCUUUCUCAGCCGACUAUCUCCACUCCACUCGAAACCGUGCACUUGAUGACAAACGCAGCUCAGGUAGCACUAUCGCUCUUGCCUAUCGCGUAGGCCGCUCCGCCAGACCGAGCUGUCACAGUUUAGUUCUUUGCGACAAAGCGAGACGACAUAGUUCGACACAAUGCAACGCGGCGAAACCGAUCCGGCUGUGCAGAGAGACCAAGGGCGCGUCCCUUUCGAUGUGGUGCCCAAUUUGGACUACCGAGUCGACCAAAGCGCAGACGAGGAAGCAGUGCGGCGAUCAAGAGAAAGCAACCUAGAUGGACAAGCCAGGCGACAAUCAAAAGACGAAGAGAGUGGAGUAACCGCCAUGGGCGACGACAAUGUCAACGAGAAGGAGUUCGAAGUCACAUGGGAUGGCGAUGACGAUCCGAUGAACCCAAGAAGCAUGCCAUAUGCCCGCAAAUGGAUUAUUGUCAUAAUCGUUAGCGCAAGCUCUCUAUGCGUUACCUGCACAUCCGCUCUUUAUACUAGCACUUAUGCGCAGCUGGAACCAGAGUUUGGUUGCUCAAGGAUUGUGGCUACUCUUGGACUAUCCUUGUUCGUCAUGGGACUGGGAUGUGGGCCUAUGGUCAUGUCGCCGCUCUCAGAAUUCUACGGACGACGACCGAUCUACAUCGCUUCUUAUGCCUUCUUCCUGAUCUGGCUGAUCCCAUGUGCUGUUGCGCAGAACAUAGCAACUAUGCUAGUAGCACGAUUCUUUGACGGACUAGCUGGCAGCGCCUUCCUGAGUGUAGCGGGAGGAACUGUUGGAGAUCUAUUUCCUAAAACGCAGCUGUCUCUGCCAAUGGCAUUCUACACCGCGGCUCCCUUUGUUGGCCCCGAGAUCGGUCCCAUUGUCGGAGGGUUCAUCAACUACAACACUUCUUGGCGAUGGACGUUCUAUGUCCUCCUUAUCUGGUCAGGCAUCAUGCUUGCAGCCAUCAUUUUCCUGGUACCAGAAACAUACCAUCCGGUCCUCCUUCGCAAAAAAGCCAUCACGCUCAGAAAAGAUACGGGUAACCAGGCAUGGCGAGCACCGAUUGAGAACAUGGACGAGUCAGUGUUCCGGACUGUUGCAUGGAGCUGUGUCAGACCAUUCCAGCUUUUGUUCCUCGAAGCCAUGUGCUUGAACCUCUGCAUCCUCUCGGCCAUCCUCUUGGGCAUUCUCUACCUCUUCUUUGGAGCCUUUCCCCUGGUCUUCGAGAACAAUCACGGUUUCGUACUGUGGCAGACUGGACUCACAUUCAUAGGUAUUUUUGUAGGUAUGGUGACUGGUGUCAGCUGCGACCCUAUCUGGCGGAGAAACUACAACCGCCUGGUUACCAAGAACGGAGGCGUUUCUGAGCCAGAAUUCCGGCUACCACCCACAAUCCUCGGCGCAAUCUUGGUUCCAAUUGGUAUAUUCGGUUUUGGUUGGACGACUUAUUCCUCGGUACAUUGGAUCGUGCCCAUCGUCUUCAGCGGCAUCUUUGGUCUCGGCAAUAUCUUUGUGUUUAGUGGAAUCUUUACCUUCUUAGUUGAAACGUACCCUCUCUAUGCAGCAAGCGCGCUGGCGGCCAACAGUUUUGCACGAUCGUCAUUUGCGGCAGCAUUCCCACUGUUUGGAGUGCAGAUGUACAAUAAGCUUGGAUAUCAAUGGGUGGGUGGCAGGAAUUCAAAAAUUGGUCAUGAUGGGUUGCGUGAUGCUAAAUCGGUGAUAGGCGUCGUCAUUGCUGGCCUUCCUAGCACUUGCCAUGGCACCAUUUCGUGAGUGAAACCCAAGUAACCCGUACCGUGGAC